UCGAAUCCCUUUAGGAUGAAAUGCAAUUUCCAUACAUCUUCUUUAUAAUAUUUAAGAUGACAAAGCAUGUCAACGGUGUAAAAUCUCCGCUUGAGAUAAUAUAAGAAGGCAUGUGCGCAUAUCAGAUUAUGUGGAACUACAUGUAAAUCGACACAUUACUGGUGAUUUGGUUAUGAGGGAAUUACAUCGUGUUAACUGUGUUCUUCACAUUUUAAUUUGAAUUCGUAUCUUUAUGGAUUGUGGGAUCCGUCAUAAUGGGUGUAUUGGUAUUGAUAGGACUGACAGCGCUUAUGAUGGCGUGUAAUGCUAUUCACAGUCAAGAUACAGUGUGUUAUCAAGGAUGGACACUUACUCAACACAGAUGUUACAAACUGUUCACGACAUUCAAGACAUGGGAUGACGCGCAUGUGCGCUGCAAAAGGUUUAACGGUGGUUCCCUGGUGUUGCUGACGACACACCAGAGUGUCUCAAAAACAGCCAGGGAUCUCGAAAUAAUGCCCGAUAAAAAAUAUUGGAUUGGAAUAAAGUAUCAGAUGAAUACGUGGCAGUGGGCUAAUGGGAAUUCCAUGAAUCAAGUUGGUUUCAAUACGACAACGCUCAAUCAACACAAAGAUAGAAAUGGCUUUUGUAUGGCGAUAGAAAACAACUUGUUAGUGCAGGUUUGCUGCAGCGAUCGACUUGGGUAUGUGUGCGAAGCAGACAGUAUGGUUUGUUUGACAAAACAGAACUGGGUCGUAACGCCACAGAAACACUGUAUCAAACUUAUGGAUUCAGCCACCAAGCUGACUUGGCCGGACGCACGGGGAUAUUGUAAGCGGGAGUGGUCGGACCUAGCUACAUUCUACAAUGAGUCAGAGUGUCAGUUCAUCAAACGUAAGGUGGGCUCCUCAAGAGAAAAAAUCUGGCUUGGACUUACCUACGAUACAGCUACAAACGAGUACCACUGGUUGGACGGACGUGUGGCACCAUCCAAUAACACAGGGAUCAUAUCGUCAAGGCGUCUCACGGGGACGUUAUGUGGCGGUCUAGAUGAAAUCAAUAGUCGGUCAACCGUGAAAUGGUUUAAUACAAGCUGUAACCAGAAGUUUUUCUUCAUAUGUGAAAUGGCAACGUGCAAAUCUAACGGUGAUGUUUUUGUGUGCCGAGACGGUCAAUGUGUCGACCAAGGGGUUACAUGUGAUGGUCAGAAUGACUGCCAAGACGCUUCGGAUGAAGAUUACUCACUAUGUUAUCAGCAACACAAUAUCAAAAAGUGUUCAAUAACCAAAGAUGAAACGACAACAGUGUUUGACAACUUUACGAGUCAUGUUACGAAAUCUGUUUUACAUUCAAUUCCCUCUCGCACCGAAAUAAUUAACAUUGACACUAUACACCCGUAUAUCUCGAAAUCAGUUCAAGAUUUACAUACAUCAUGUUCAUCUAAUGAGCAAAUGAGGCUAAGUUCCAAAUUCCAAACUAUUCCUGAUAAACAAUUAUUAACAAAAAGUAGAACGACAAUACUAGCAUUUUAUUCAUCAGCUGUUUUGGUUAGUCUUCAGCCAUCAUCAAUUGAUUUAUCUAGGAACACUGUUAGUUCAACUCAUACACUUGACACAGGUUAUUUAUAUCUAAUACCUUCCUCUAUCUCCACAUCACCUUUCUCCACCGUACCGUUGGAUAGUGUUAGCCAAACUCCAACAUCAUACACGAGCUUUUUUACGCAGAACUCUUCCUCUGCGUUAUCUCAUAACGAUAAGGGAAUGGGAGUAAUCUCCCCUAGUCCAUUUGUUGUGAUCCCUACAACUAACCACGUGAUACCCUUUACCAGGCAUGAUUCGUCUCCACCCUCUCUUCAAGCAAGCAUGUUCCUUCUUCCAUCCCACCAAAUGCUGCAUGCCAUAGGUCAAGGUAGCCUCGGUACUACAGUAAAUCCUUUAGCGAUCACCUAUAGGGCAGUGUCUACCACCGAAGGUCCAAGGACAUCUCAUGACGUCACAACUGAUAUCGUGACGACAGCUAAUGACAUUACCACAUCUAGUGACAGCAUUCAAAUAUAUAAUGAUGACGUUCUAUCAAUGCAAAAUUCACAAGUCGUCCAGUGUGCAAAGAUGUCGGACAGUGUGUCUCGGAAGCAAUGUAUCCGCCAGCAUCUUUCCAAGGGCAGCCUACUGAGGUGUAAUAUUUCUGACUGGGCCGAGUCUGUCGUCCAAAACCUAAACACAACGGAAAAGCAAAAUUCCUCUAAGGUCGAGGCUUUAAAGCUGACCCUUGACCUCAUGGAUAUGGUGUUGCUAGAUAUCCAAGACGGUUCACUACGCGAUGACAGGAAUAUGUGCUUGGAAUACAGCCUAACAGACUUCGAGCAUCUGGUGGAUCUGACAGUGAAGACAAUGGAUACUAAGACAGUUGGAAUUCACAACAAGUUAAUAGAUCUAUAUGUUGAGCGUGUCUCUGUCGGUAAACUCGAUGCGUAUGUGUUUACAAGUUCCGAUACGAUGGUGUCUGAUGUCAAAACAACGACACCAAUCAAACACACAGAUGAAGAAUUGAUAUUAUCGAUCAUGCUAAUAUCUACAUCUAACGAUAAAGAUCUCCAACUACGAAGAAGUAAAACCGGGGAGAUAGAUCGGACCAACCUGUUCUUACUGAGUCGAGUCCUAUCAAUUACAGGAUACUUAUCAAAACACUCGCUAUCCCUAUCCCUGACCUACACACUAAAACACACCUGUGACACGAUCCAGGACCGGGUCGGUGCCAAUAAGAGUGCGGAGAUUAUAUGUGGCUAUAUUGACAAGGAAUCUGGAUAUUGGUCAGAUAAAGGUUGCCGUUUGCUUCACACGAAUACCUCAGCCAGUACCUGCCACUGCGACCAUACAACGAACUUCGCCAUUCUGAUGCAGGUCCGAGAUGUAAAGAUAACAGCCCUUGACCAGACAGUCCUCAGCCUCAUCACAUACAUUGGAUGUAGUGUUUCUCUCAUUACUCAGCUUAUCACUGUCACCGUUUUCGUCUGUGUCGGUACUCUGAACUCCGAACGUGUCUAUGUUCAUCGGAAUUUAUGCUUUGCUAUAAUCGCAUCUCAAGUGGCAUUUCUGUCUGGGAUACGGGCUGUCGAAAAUAAGGUGUUGUGUUCUAUUGUCGCGAUGAUCCUCCAUUAUUUCUACACCGCCAUGUUUGUCUGGAUGCUUGUUGAGGGUAUGCACCUUUACAGCAAGGUCGUCAGAGUUUUUUCCACAGAGAGGUCAAGGAUUAUAUACUACUGCGGGUUUGGAUGGGGUGUGCCGCUUGUUCUGGUGACUAUUUCUGCUACAGCUGAUUGGGAAGGGUAUGGAAACGGUAAAAGUUGUUGGCUCUCCACCAAAACAGGGACGAUAUGGGCGUUUGUUGGACCUGCUAUAGCAAUCAUAUUGGUGAAUAUAGUGAUUCUAGCAAUGGUUGUCAGAGUGGUGAUGAGUUCUGCGAAGCUAGAGAGGCACGGCGAGUUUGACCACAUCAGAGUCGGCGUUAAGGGCGCAAUGUUCCUGCUACCCCUCCUGGGUCUCACCUGGCUUUUCGGGUUGUUGGCAGUCAAUGAGGAUAUGAUAGUGUUCCAGUAUCUGUUUGCCAUAUUCAACUCACUACAGGGAUUCUUUAUAUUCCUCUUCCACUGCGCGUUCAACUUAGAGGUCCGGCAAGCACUGUCCAAAAUGAGAGAAAGAAGAAUACUUCAAAGAGGUGACUUCGUUUCCCUGUCAAACGGAAACUCGGAUGGUAUACAGAAAACAUGUCACCAAUCAAAGACUCGGAGGCCAUAUCGGAAGAAGAGGGUGUCCUCAGUGACGUCCGAUCAAACCACUUCCUGGUCUCCGAAACACUCCAGUGUGUCGAGCAGGGGUAGUACACAGAGUACUGAUGUCCGCGAAACUGAUGACGUGGUAGUUCAGGACUUGACUUUGCCGGAAGAUUGUUUUGGAUUACAAUAUAUCUAGCCCGUCACAUUUAACAUUUACCACUUGUUAAUUGGUGCAGAGGUUAUAACUGGAGCUGAAUUAACUUGAAAUCUUAAUGUUAUGUACGAUGAUUUACCAGUAGAGGUUAUAACUGGAGCUGAAUUAACUUGAAAUCUCAAUGUUAUGUACGAUGAUUUACCUGUAGAGGUAAUAACUGGAGCUGAAUGAACUUGAAAUCUCAAUGUAAUAAACUUGAGCUGAAUAAAC